GCCAGGGGGCAACAUGGAGCCCGAAGGAAUGCAGCUGGAGACGGAUAUAAAAACCAGGAGACGGGGUGAGAAAAGGAAACCGUCGUAAACUGGCCUUAGAGGAGAUAUCGCCGGUAGAAGUAGAGCUUAUACGCGGCUACUAACUUGGAGGCGACGUGAAGAAACAGGAAUCCCAAGAGUGAAGAGCGCAGAGUGCAGGGAUGGAGCUGCCGGGGGUCUGGAUUGUGGUGCUGCUGGGAGGCCUGCUCCCCCAAUCCCGCGGUCACAACGACUUUUUUACGUCCAUCGGCCAGAUGACCGAUCUGCUGUACACUGAGAAGGACCUGGUCACCUCUCUGAAGGACUACAUUAGAGCAGAAGAGAGCAAGCUGGAACAGGUCAAACAGUGGGCAGAGAAGUUGGACAAGCUUACUGCCAUGGCGACGCAGGACCCCGAGGGGUUCCUGGGCCACCCUGUCAAUGCCUUCAAACUGAUGAAGAGGCUGAACACGGAGUGGGGCGAGUUGGAGAGCCUAGUGCUCAGGGACAUGUCUGAUGGAUUUAUCUCCAACCUGACCAUCCAGAGGCAGUAUUUCCCUAAUGAUGAGGACCAGACGGGGGCAGCCAAGGCCCUGCUGAGACUGCAGGACACAUACAAUCUGGAUACACAGACCCUGUCCACUGGGGACCUGCCUGGUCCCCUUGUAGGUGUGACGUACAAGUCCACACUAACAGCAGAUGACUGCUUUGAGCUUGGCAAGAUUGUCUACUCUGAUGCUGACUACUACCACACCGAGCUGUGGAUGGCACAGGCCCUCAGACAGCUGGACCAGGGCGAGGAAGCCACCAUUGACAAGGUCACUGUGCUGGACUAUCUUAGCUAUGCCAUCUACCAGCAGGGCGAGCUGGAAAGGGCACUGGAGCUCACCAAGAGGCUGCUGAAACUGGACCCACAGCAUCAGCGUGCCAAUGGAAAUCUGAAGUACUUCGAGUACACGCUACUGAAGCAGAGGGAGACAGAGCAAGCAGAUGAAGACUCCAAGCCACAGGAUGCCAAAGAGAAAACAAUCUCCAAGAAUAAGGGACGCCCCAAAGAUUACCUCCCCGAGAGGCAGAAAUAUGAGCAGCUGUGCCGAGGAGAGGGAAUCAAGAUGACUCCUCGCAGGCGGAGUCGGUUGUUCUGUCGUUACUCUGAUGGCAAUGGCAACCCGCAGUACCUGCUGGGCCCCGUGAAGCAGGAGGAUGAGUGGGACCGCCCACGCAUCGUGCGCUACAUUGACAUCAUCUCUGACCACGAGAUUGAGAAGAUCAAGGAACUGGCCAAGCCCAGGCUAAGGCGCGCCACAGUGCAUGACCCCCAAACUGGGAAACUUACCACGGCCCAUUACAGAGUCUCCAAGAGUGCCUGGUUGACAGCCUACGAGCACCCACUGAUAGAACGAGUUAAUCAGCGCAUCCAAGACCUUACGGGACUGGACGUCUCCACUGCUGAAGAGCUACAGGUGGCAAAUUAUGGUGUUGGAGGGCAGUACGAGCCGCACUUCGAUUUUGGGCGGAAAGAUGAGCCGGAUGCUUUCAAGGAGCUGGGCACAGGAAACCGCAUCGCCACCUGGCUCUUCUAUAUGAGUGAUGUGGCAGCAGGGGGAGCUACAGUCUUCCCAGAGGUGGGAGCUGCAGUUUGGCCAAAGAAGGGCACAGCAGUGUUCUGGUAUAACCUGUUUGCAAGUGGGGAGGGAGACUACAGCACACGGCAUGCAGCCUGUCCUGUCCUGGUGGGGAACAAGUGGGUGUCCAAUAAAUGGAUCCAUGAGCGCGGGCAGGAGUUCCGGCGACCUUGUGGCCUACAGGAGACGGACUGAUAAAGGGGGACGAACCCCCAUCUUCCUAAGCUCCCUAGUUGUCCCAUCAGCUCCCAGAAACGUCCCAACAAACACUAACCUAUCUCCCUACCUCCUUCCACCAAAGCCACCCUGAUACACCUCUCCACCUCUCCUUCCUCUGGUUUUGGGUUUGUGGGUUAAUGGGACAGAAAGCGCUGAGGUCCAAGGACAGACCUCUCCACAGAAGAGACAAUGAAACGGUUGUAUUGGGGAGUACAAAGCCUCUGUGCCCUUUCCUUCUCUCCCUUUUCCUCUUUUCCUGCUGUGGACAUGUGCCAUACCAACUCCGUCCCCUACCCAUCCGAUUGUGCGACUGCAGCUCUCUACCCCUCUGUUUUCAGUGUCGCUGCAGGAUAGUUAGGUGGAUCUCCUCACAUGGCUCCUGUCGUCUCUUGCUCCAUAACCAUCCCUUAGGUGUAAGAAACCUGAUAUUCAUAUUAGAACAUUGAUGCUUUGGCAAGUCCUUCUAUGUAGAAAGGUGCAGGUGAUGCAACUGAAACUGCAAAUAUGCAGCUGUGCUCGGGCUGUUGAACAUCACGCAGGACCUGACAUAAACACAGGUAACCCAGGCACAGAAGAAUCAUCUGAAAACUGGACAGUCAAUUCCACUUUGAUUCAUGACAGUUUGUUUUAUUAUGGCAGUGCUUUGAGUUAAUUUAUGAAUUCAUAUUUUUAAUAUUCUUAUGGUUCGUCAGUGGUUUGGAUCAUUUCUCAAGGAUUUUUAUUACAUUGAUUUUAGCAGAGUAAUCUGUGAACUUUUGUGUAAAUAAAAUUAUAUUUAGGAUUCCUCCACUUACAAGUUGAGGCACUUUUCAGAAUGAGCCAUUUUCUCAAACACUCACCUUCUUCACUUGAAUAUUAAAAUGGUCCCCCUGCCCUUGGAAAGAGCUCACUUCAUAAAGAGUUCCAGGGCUGAUCAAAUGUUUUUACAGGCUAGCACUUUUUCAUAUUGAAGUUAGUCUUGUUUAGUGUUCCUUAAAACGUAGGGGCCUUAAAAAGAUUAACAUUGCAAGCUGUUUCCACUGGGCCAGUACUGGUUUUUAUAGCGCACAGGGAGAAGAGAGAAACUGCUUGUCCACCAUCGCCAUGGUACACUGAUGGACACUGUUACCGAGUGACACUAACCAUCUGAAAAAAUGACCCUGCUUAAUUGACUGCCACACUGAUUGAAGGACUGGUUGUACUUGGAGGUUGAUUCCCCUAAGACAGACACUCCAGAGAACAAAUAACUGCAAUAGUAAAAACCUGCUUUGUUCUAAAGUCAUAAACCAAGAGUCCUGGAGUCACAGCUCUGCAGGAUUUGUAAAAAGCCAAGUCUUCUUAAAAAAAAAAAAGACACCUUUAAGCUAAAAUAGAACCGGCUCAUUAGGAACAUGUGUGGAAUAACCCCCCAGAAGCCACCAGGCCUUCAAGGACAGCAGCACUGGGUUUUAGAUGUGUCCUGGAUAGACCCUGUAUCUUCAGGGUUAUUACCCUGCUGAACUGGAGCUACCUUGACUGACCUGUCAUGCUUUCCCACAGCUGGAAUCAAGGACCAGCAUUGAGAGCCAGUGUAGAAAAAUAUUCAUAGCCGUUUUCACUAUUGCAAAAGGACAUCUUUGCCAAUUUGAAUCAAAAGCCUACUGCCAAGUGAAAAUUACAAACCUAUUAUGAGACAUGCAACUGUGGGUCAAGGCAUGAGUCCUCUGCCAACCAGAGAGCUGCUGACAAGCAGUCGGUUUGGACAGGGGAUGGAUAAAAGUUUUUGUUUCCCUUUCUCUGGGAUGAAUGGUAUGGAGAGCGAUUUUACACUUUGCACUGGUAUGUAAUGCUUUAAAAUGACCAGGAAGAUCCCAGAGAACUCUUUGCUAUGAAAGAACCCCUUUGAGUUACUCCCCCGAGCCCUCCUUUCCUCUUGUUUUCCUGGGAUGUCUGUGGGAGAUAGAUGCUAUUUAAGUCUAUGAAAUGCGAUCCUUUUGUAUGUAUUAAGAAAUGUGUGGGGAUAUUUUUUGGAUGUGUGAAAUGAGUGUUUUCUACAAAAAUAAAAAGUCUUAUGUUGAUUAAAAAAAAA